AUGGAACAAGCUGAGAAAUCAAAAUUCUAUACUGAGAAAGGUCUCUUGGAAAAGAUCAAGCUUUAUCUAUCUAAGAAUCCACUGCCGUCUCCCACAGACCGGAAGAAGUUUGACCAUGACUUUGCCAUCUCCACGUCCUUUCACGGGGUCCAUAACAUUGUUCGGAACCGGGGCAGAGUCCGCAAGGCGCUCUGGUUGCUGGUGGUUCUGGGCUCAGUUUCACUCCUGGUAUGGCAAAUCUACUCUCGCUUUGUCAACUACUUCAAGUGGCCAACCACAACAUCUAUGGAGGUUCAGUAUGUAGAAAAUAUUGACUUUCCGGCUGUGACGUUUUGUAAUUUGAACAGGUUCCAAGCACAUGCUGUAGCCAAAUUUAGUAUUAUUUUUUUCUUAUGGAAAGUUGUGUCCAAAGUCCUCCAUCUUCAGGAAAUCAACACCAAUUCCACUGGCUCUAAAAAGAUUACUGAUUUUCUUGCAAGUCAUCAAAACUUCAGCAUUACAGAGUUUGUUAAAAACAAUGGUUUUUAUCUUAAUAAUAGCACUUUAUUGGACUGUGACUUUUUUGGAAAGCCGUGUGGCCCAAAGGAUUUUGCCCAUGUCUUCACUGAGUAUGGAAAUUGCUUUACUUUUAAUCAUGAUCAAAAUAUCCAAGAGUGGGUAAAAGUGAGUUCCUCUGGAAGAGGCUUAAAGUUGAUCUUCAAUGUCAAGCAGGAAGAAUUCACUGAUGAGGAGUCCCUUGGUUUUGUGGAUGCUGGAAUCAUCUUCGUUAUUCAUUCACCUAAAAAGGUGCCACAGCUUCAUGGCUUAGGCUUGGCAUCACCUGUGGGAAUGCAUGCACGGGUGACCAUCCGUCAAGUGAAGACAGUUCAUCAAGAAUACCCUUGGGGAGAAUGCAACCCUGACCUCAAGCUGCGGAGCUUCAGCACCUACAGCACUUCCGGGUGCUUGAAGGAAUGCAAAGCUCAGCACAUAAAAACACGCUGCGGAUGUUUACCUUUUCUGCUUCCUGGAAAUGGGACAGAGUGUGACCUACAAAAGUUUUAUAACUGUGUUUCUCCUACACUUGACUACAUUGAGAUUAAGGGAUUAUGUACAGUGGGAAUGCAUAAUUCAAGCUGCCCUGUUGCAUGUGAGGAAACAGAGUACCCGACUACUAUUUCUUACUCUACUUUUCCGAGUAAGAGAGCCUUGAAGUAUUUUUCUAAGAAGUUGAAUCAAAGUCAGGAAUACAUCAGGGAGAAUCUUCUGAAUAUUGAAAUAAAUUAUAGUGAUUUAAACUAUAAAAUUACCCAGCAGCAAAAAGCUGUGAGUGUGCCUGAGUUACUUGCAGAUAUCGGCGGUCAACUGGGCCUAUUUUGUGGGGCCAGCAUGAUAACAAUUAUAGAAAUAAUUGAAUAUGUAUUUACUAACCUCUACUGGAUAUGCAUUUUAUUAUUGCUAAAAAUACCUGAAAUGACCCAAGGGGCUCUCCCACCUCAGAAUCAGCUAAAAAGUACAAAUAAGAUAGAGGAAUGCUGA